AUGGCCAUGCGGCUGAUGAAGGUUGACCACAGUCGCGGCUGGAUGAAGUUCAAGCUGGUCUACAGGAAGAAAAUGGACGAGCAGCAGCGGCGCAAAGAUCAGCAGAUCUGGGCAGCACGAUUCAUGUCCGAGAAGCUCACGAAGUUGGGCAAGCAGAAAGCCAAAGAACUCGACGACGUCCGGGAGGGCGUGAUCACGCGCAUCCAGCAGAGGUUCCGCAGCUACCGGGAAGACAUGAUCUUCGACCGAACGUACCCGCUGACCUCCAGCAUGAUGGCAAGGGUGCAAUCUGCCAAAGUGGGUCAAGUAGUUGACUACUCCAUGCAGACCGUCUCUGCAGACGAUGUUUGCCAUUUGAGCCUCAAGGUGAACGCUGACAAGACAAAAGAUGCGGACACGAAGGUGGACUCGAACGACACCAACGGCCCCUCCGGGAACAAUGACAAGGCCGCGCAGUUGAAUCAGGCUUUUGAGAAGUGGAGCAAGGACAAAGACGUCCUGCGGUCCACAUCGCCUGGAGCCCAGCUGCCCCACGGCUCACCCCAGCCGUCUGGCUGA